AGACAUUCUAUUUUCUCAGUCACUAAUACAGACUUCUUCUUCUCCGAUAGAUACUUAAAUAUUUAGUGUAAUGUAAUGUGAAGAUGAACCAGAAAGCUCUCAACUAAAUCAUUUCAUCUGUUCUUGUAUUUCUCCCAUUUCUCGGCUGCUAGCUUCUUCCUCAGAAUCGGAGCUAUAGUUGCUGCUUGAUUGCCGAGAAAAUGCUUGAAACCAGGGGAUGAGAUGGUUGAAAUUUGAGCAUUGUUUUAUCUUAGUUUAGAGUGGAAUUUGUCAUUUGUUUGUAGAUUACAGGACUUUAUAAAUUCCUCGGAAGAAAAGUCUUUAAGCCAAAAUGGUUGGAAAAAGCAAAAAAGGUGCCUCAGUUCAGCUAGAUUAUCUAAUUCACAUCCAAGAUAUUAAGCCUUGGCCCCCAUCACAGUCUUUGAGAUCCCUACGCUCGGUCUUGAUUCAAUGGGAGAAUGGUGAUCGUAAAUCAGGAUCAACGAACAUUGUUGUUCCUUCACUUGGCUCAAUUGUCGGCGAAGGGAAGAUCGAGUUUGAUGAGUUCUUUAGACUACCUGUUACAUUGGUAAGGGACAUGUCUGGAAAAGGCAAGGAUUCUGAUUCAUUUCAGAAGAAUUGCUUAGAAUUACACUUGUGUGAACCUCGGAGAGACAAAAUGCAGAUACUAGGUACUGCUAUAAUUGACUUGGCAGAUUAUGGUGUUGUCAAGGAAACAGUAAGUGUGAGUGUUCCUGUGAGUAGCAGCAGGAGCUUUAGGAACACAUCUCAACCCAUUUUAUAUGUCAACAUCCAACCAUAUCAUAAAGGUCGAACCAGCUUCUUGUCAAGGGAUAGCGUAACGAAAGGCGUUUCGCUGGAUAAGAAUGGUGGGGAGUCUGUUUCAGUAUUGAUGAAUGAAGAAUAUGCUGAGGAAACUGAGAUUACCUCUUUCACUGAUGACGAUGUUUCGUCACACUCAUCUCUGAAUAAUGUGGGGUUGCCUCCCCAAAAUGAAGAGAAUGGAUCAGUUGAACUGAGAGAAAGUAAAGGAAGACUUAAUGGAGAACACGCUAUUACUUCCAAACCAGGGAUUAAAAAGCAAACUUCGUCACAAGAAAAUCUUAAAGAGAGUUCUUCUUGUUCAUCUUCUGUAGAUUUAUCUUCUGAUCCAGGGAGCCCAGUAAAUGCUGGUGCUUCUGUAUUGAAGUCUCCCAACUCAGAUGCAUCGGUGAGGCCAAAGGUUGAGGUUUCUCAGAAUGUUCAUUCUUCUUCAUCAAUCAGAUACGGCGAAGAUUUGCUGGGCAAGACUGCAACUAAUAAUAAUGUUUAUAAUGAUUAUAUGGAGGACAUAGACACUUUGAGGAAUGAAGAGAAGAGACAAUUCUCAGAAACUGAAACAAUGGAGACAUUUCCACAAAAUGAUUCUAGAAGUGAAGGCUCACUUGGGACGGAUCCUCUUGCUUCAAUUGUGGGAAUUGAAUUGAAAGGAAAUAUCCUCAAAGUUGAUAGGUUAAAGCCUGUGAAAUCUGUUAGGUCAUUGUCAGACUCUGCCAGGAUCAAUGUAGAAAUCAGCAAAAAUCAACCAGAUGAAGUGAAGGAAAUUGGUGCCUAUGGGGAUUCGCAGAGUACUGCAGGGAACUUCAAAGUCGGUGAAAGAAAAAAUGCCAAGGUUUAUCCACAAGAUACCAGAACAACCGCUUUAAAUGGAAAAAUCCAGCAAUUGGAACAUAAAAUAAAAAUGCUCGAGGGAGAGUUACGAGAAGCUGCUGGUGUUGAGUCUGCUCUCUACUCUGUAGUUGCUGAGCAUGGAAGUUCCAUGAGUAAGGUACAUGCUCCUGCUCGGCGUCUUUCUAGGCUAUAUCUUCAUGCUUGUAAAGAAAGUUCCCGAUCAAGAAGAGCCAGUGCAGCUAAAAGUGCUGUUUCAGGACUAGUUCUGGUGGCAAAGGCCUGUGGGAAUGAUGUUCCUAGGCUGACAUUUUGGCUAUCAAACACUAUUGUUUUGAGAGCAAUUAUAAGUCAAGCAAUUGGUAACAAAGAGAUACCAUAUUCUGGUGGAAAGGGAAGCAAGAUAAUAUCAUCAUCUAUGAAAUGGAAAGAGUCAUCACACGGUAGAUUUGAAAAUAAGAAUGUUUUUUUGGGAGAUUUAAGUGACUGGAAUGAUCCACAUUCAUUUAUAUCUGCGCUAGAAAGAGUUGAAACUUGGAUCUUUUCCAGAACUGUGGAGUCUAUUUGGUGGCAGACACUUACUCCGCACAUGCAAUCUUCUGCUGCAAAGGCAAUUUAUGGAUUUGUUGGUUCUAGCUCAAAGAAAAACCUGGGAAGGACAUCAAGUUCAUUUGAUCAAGAUCAAGGAAACUUUUCAUUAGAACUUUGGAAGAAAGCUUUCAAGGAUGCUUGUGAGAGACUUUGCCCUGUUAGAGCUGGUGGACACGAGUGUGGCUGUUUGCAUGUCCUUGCCAGACUGAUAAUGGAGCAAUGUGUGGCAAGACUAGAUGUGGCAAUGUUCAAUGCCAUUCUUCGCGAAUCUGAUGAUGACAUUCCAACUGAUCCAGUUUCCGAUCCUAUUAGUGACUCCAAGGUUCUCCCAAUUCCAGCUGGUAGAUCAAGCUUCGGAGCUGGAGUGCAGCUUAAAAAUGCGAUUGGCAACUGGUCGAGAUGGCUGACUGACCUCUUUGGUAUUGACGACGAAUUGCUUGAGAAUGAAAAUGACAAAGAUGAGGAUGAUGAGAGAAUAGAUACAUCCUUCAAGUCAUUUUAUCUUCUUAAUGCAUUGAGUGAUCUCAUGAUGCUUCCCAAGGACAUGCUCUUGAGUAGAUCCAUUAGAAAAGAGGUAUGCCCUACGUUUGGUACCCAGUUGAUCAAGAAGGUUAUUGACAAUUUUGUUCCAGAUGAGUUUUGCCCAGAUCCUAUUCCAGAUGUUGUGCUUGAAGCCCUGGGAUCUGAGGAUCCUCUUGAAACGGAGGAAGAGACUGUGACAAUAGUACCAAGCAUCGCAGCUGCACCGCUGUAUUUGCCACCUUCAGCAGCUUCAAUUACUGAUGCAAUUGGAAAAUGUGGAAAUCAAUCUCAGCUAAGAAGAAGUGGUUCAAUGCUCAAAAAGUCAAAUACCAGUGAUGAUGAGCUUGAUGAAUUGAUUUCACCAUUGGCUUCAAUUUUCAUAGAUGGUUCUCAGUCUUCACCAGCACCAACAAAAGUCAGUUGGAAAUCAAAGGAAACGGGCAAUCAAAAUUCCAUCAGAUAUGAACUUCUUAGAGAUGUAUGGAUAAACAGCGAAUAAGAUAUAGCCAUGUAUAUUCGAGAAUAAUAAUAAUAAACCAAGUAAUGCUUCCCCAUCGACUAGCUUUCGGUUUCAGUUGUAAAUCUUAAGUCCAAAUUUGGGUAUGUGUGUUAUUGUAGAAAGUGGAAAUAUCAUGCUAUGCUCCUACAUUUCAUUUA